AUGAGCCAGGUUUCACAGGCUGUGGGUAUUUUGCAUCAACCAAGCCAAUUUCCUUCACAAACGGUUGUAAAUCCUAAAGACUAUAAGGAUUGCAAAGCCAUUAAUCUGAGAAGUGGAAAGAGCUAUGAAGGCCCAACCAUGCCUGCAGAGAAGGAGAAAAUCUCUCAAGAGGAGACAGUGGUAGAAGAGGUGGUGGAAGAAGAAGAACCAGUGGAAGAGGUGCCGCCUCCCAAGGCAAGUACCGUGAUACCUGCACCCCCUGCUGAGGUUAAGAUCCCAUUUCCACAACGCGUGCAGAAGAAGAAACUAGAUGAUCACUUCUCUAGGUUUGUUGACAUAUUUAGAAAAGUGAACAUCAACAUCCUGUUGGUAGAGGCGUUACAGCAAAUGCCUACAUAUGCAAAGUUUCUAAAAGAUGUGCUCUCCAAGAAGAAGAAGUGGACUGACUAUAAGACGGUGAACAUAUCUGAAAACUGUAGUGCCAUAAUUCAGAAAAAGCUACCGGCCAAGCUUAAAGAUCCUGGGAGUUUCAACAUCUCAUGCGUCAUUGGAAAUGACAGACAGACAAAGGCACUUUGUGAUCUGGGGGCGAGUAUAAAUUGUUUGGAAAUAAACACAUGCAAUCACGAAUAUGAAAGAGAAUGA